CUGCACGUUCAACACGCAACGUCAGGCCUCUCACACUGCACAGCCAGAGCAUGGCGCCCUCCACACUAUCGCCCGACACGUCGAUUUCGUCGCGCACGCUCUCAGUCGGCUCUACGCAACCCACGCCCAUGGAGCUCUCGUCCAGCCCGAGCACGAGCCUGCUCGCCAGCCCGGUCGCCUUCCUGCAGCCUACUGCUGCACUCAAUGCUGCCUUUCUCGCCGCCGCAAAACGCUAUCUCGACCCUGUCGCUGCCCGAAUCAGCGAGACACAAACUCAGCGCCAGCAGGAUGCGCGUCGGAAGCGCAAGCGCGGGGGCGACUACGACGGCGACAUGCGGGUACUAAGCUUGAAGAAGGUGCAUCUGGAUGGAUUUGGCGUGAAUCAGGUGUUCGAGCAGACGCGGAAGAUUGUCGAGGCCGCGACGGAGGAGAUUGAGCUUGCACUGCCCGAGCACGACGACGAUGUUGUGGCGGUAGACGGCGAGGAUGAGGUGGAAGAGCUGUCAGACCCCGAGGAGCAGUACCAUACGGACUCGGACAUGGGUGAGGAGGGCGUGGAUUACGAGAUCGACGGUAUUGAUGACGACGAGGACGCUGUGCCCUCGGACGAGGAAGACGAGGAAGACGAGGAGCAUGUCGAGAUGGACGACGGCGAGGGCAUGCUCUCUGAUGAGGACGAGGAAGAGGAGCCUGCCGCAGAGUACGUGCCGGAUCCCAACGGCCUCAACGACGGAUUCUUCUCCAUCGACGACUUCAACAAGCAGUCCGAGUUCCUGGAGCAGCAAGACGCACGCGGCGAGGCAGGUGACAGCGACGACGAGGACGUCGACUGGACAGCAGACCCCAUGGCAGGAGGCGUGGGCGGGAGCGGGCUCGACAACGAUGGAUCAGGCGACGAGUCGGACGCGGGCGGCCCGACAUUCGGCAACGUGGACCUCAACGCACCCGAAGGCGACAGUGAUGACGAAGCAGAGCUCGACGAGGGCGACCUCGACGGCAUCGACGACGGCAUGAACGCCAACAACGUCAUGUACGCUGAUUUCUUCGCGCCGCCAGCCCAAAAAGCAGGCAAGAACAAGAAGAAGCGCGGGCGACCCAACCCCCACAACUUCCCCGCGAAGACGGCAGCCGAUGAAGAGGCCGAGGAGAACGCAGAAAUGGAAAAUGCAAUGGCGCGCGUGCACCGCGAUCUUUUCGAAGACGACGACGAUGCCGAAGAGUCAGCCGCCCUCUCCGACGUCGACCCCUCCGACCCCAAGUCCCGCAAAUCCACCCACGAACGCCGGCAAGCCAAGCUCCAAGAAGAGAUCCGCAAACUCGAAGCCGCCAACGUCGCAAAGCGGCAAUGGCAGCUGUCCGGCGAGGCCCGCGCCGCCGACCGCCCUGUGAACUCGCUGCUCGAAGAAAACCUCGAGUUCGAGCGCGCCGGCAAACCAGUCCACGUCGUCACCGCCGAGCUCAGCGAGGACAUCGAGGCGCUGAUCAAGCGGCGCAUCCUCGCCGAGGAAUUCGACGAAGUGCACCGCCGGCGCCCGGACGAUCUAGCAACAGGCCCCGUGCGCCGCGGCAAAUUCGAACUCGACGACACCAAAGCCAGCAAAGGUCUCGCAGAGCUAUACGAAGAGGAGCACCUCCGCCUCAACGACCCCAACUUCGUCGACGCGCGCGAUGAAAAGUUGAAGAAGGAGCACGCCGACAUCACAGCGUUGUGGAAGUCGCUCACCGCCAAACUCGACAGUCUGAGCUCCUCCCACUUCAAGCCCAAGCCCGCGACGCCCAAUCUCGAGAUCCGCGUCGACGCGCCCGCGAUUGAGAUGGAAGAUGCCCGCCCCACGGCCGGCGGUCACGUCGCAGGCGCCAGCAUGCUGGCGCCGCAGGAAGUAUACAAGCCCGGCGACGAGCAGAGCAACAAGGAAAUCGUCACUAAAUCCGGCAUGCCGCUGGCCCGCGAGGAAUUAUCGCGAGAAGACAAGGCUAGCAGACGCAGGAGGGCGAAGGAGAGAACCAAGAAGGCCGGGCUCAAUAAGCCGCGGAAGAGCGAGGAGGAGAAGAAGAAGGCCAAGAAGGGCAAGGAUGGACGCGGUGAUAAGAAGGCGCUUGUUAGUGAUCUGAAGAAGGGCGGUGUUCAGAUCAUCGGCCGCAAGGGUGUUAUUACUGAUGCUGAGGGUAAGGGUGUUAAGGAGGCUGCUAGGAGGGACGCAGGGAGCUAUAAGCUGUAGAUCCGACGCGCUGGUGUUGGUGGCGUGUGUGGAGUGGGAUGCAAUACAUCACUUUCUUCGUUCAC